AUGGAUUCUUUAAAACUUCCAACUGAUCCACAAAAGGCCAAGAUCUUUACAGAUUCCAAAUCAUUGUUGUUUCCAGGAGGACUUGAUAAUGAAGGAAAAGUGGUUUCCCAAAACGGUUUGAAUGGAAUAGAUGGUGGCAAUAAUAACGAUAACCUUGUUCAAAUGAAAAGUGAACCUAAAGCUAACGAUAUUAUUGAACCUCUUCAAGAAGAAGACAACGGUGCAACUUCAGGUAUAGUACCAACGUUACAAAAUAUAGUGGCAACUGUCAAUCUUGAUUGUAGGUUAGAUUUAAAAACAAUUGCCUUGCAUGCAAGAAAUGCUGAAUACAAUCCAAAACGUUUCGCUGCCGUCAUUAUGAGAAUCAGAGAACCAAAGACAACUGCUCUUAUCUUUGCUUCCGGUAAGAUGGUUGUUACUGGUGCAAAAUCUGAAGAUGACUCCAAAUUGGCAUCUAGAAAGUAUGCUAGAAUCAUUCAAAAAUUAGGUUUUGAUGCCAAGUUUACUGACUUCAAAAUCCAAAAUAUUGUUGGUUCAUGUGAUGUUAAGUUCCCAAUUAGAUUAGAAGGUUUAGCGUUUUCACAUGGUACUUUCUCGUCAUACGAACCUGAAUUAUUCCCUGGUUUGAUUUAUAGAAUGGUUAAGCCAAAAAUUGUGUUGUUAAUUUUCGUAUCUGGUAAAAUUGUUUUGACUGGUGCUAAACAAAGAGAAGAAAUCUAUGCAGCCUUUGAGGCAAUUUACCCAGUGUUGAGUGAAUUCAGGAAGUCUUAA